AGUCACAGUAUCGUGAAAACAGUUGCAGUUGAAACGAUUCGUACGUUAACUUCAGCAGUAUUUUCUGACUUACAGAAAAGGGCAUAUCAGUUCACGCAAAAGGAUGACCAUGAUCGAUUCCUAAAUAUCUUAUUACUGGAAUGGGUGACUGAUAGACAGCUAGCUAGUAUACAUUUGAUCUUGGCUAGUGUUAGUUUAGCGAUCUAACAUUACGUUGAAAAGGUUGGAAAUCUUUUAUCUAGCCUACAUAACUAACUAGGUAACAUAUUCCUUAUUUAAUGCAUCUAAAGCGCUAAUGACCAAAAGUAGGUCGUUUCUGUGCUGAAUUCCCAGUAAGAAAUGGAGGUCGAAAGCUUCGUUGCCAAGACUUUUGAACUCUUGCAGGAAGAAAGAGAGGCUGAGGUAGAAGAAACGAGGGCAUGGCAGAAGAAUCUGUCACUGAAAAACCUGCAGCAAAAAGGAGUGUGCUUGCAGAAGCUUAACGUUGGAAGCCAGCGGACAGGCAUGCAUGGUAGACUUCUUGUUGUGUUCGAGCCCAGGAAAAGUAUUGGCCCCUCAUUUCUUCCCAGCAACAGUUUUGGACCUGGUGACAUUGUGGGUAUUUAUGAAUCAGAAGGAUGUGCUCAGGCCAGUCAGAUUUGCUCAGGUGUGGUGACUCGUGUGAUGCAGACUUCUGUAACAGUCGCUUUUGACGAUACUCAUGAUGGCCUGAACUUGGACAGUGAUGGGCUGUACAAUAUCAUGAAGCUCGCGAAUGAUGUAACUUACAAACGUUUAACUAAAGCUUUGAACUCCUUGAACGGGUACAGAAGUGGUCCUGCUGCCCAUCUAAUAAGCGUACUGUUUGGUUAUUCAGAGCCUGGAACCCUGCCACAGCAAACUGCUUUAGAGUGGAUUAAUAAAGGAUUGGAUGCUUCUCAGCAGGAGGCUGUGCAUUUUGCGCUGUGUCAGAAAGAUUUGGCCAUUGUACAUGGGCCACCUGGGACUGGGAAAACCACAACGGUGGUUGAAAUGAUCCUACAGGCAGUAAAACAAGGCCAGAAGGUUUUGUGCUGCGCUCCCUCCAACGUGGCAGUGGAUAAUUUGGUGGAGCGUCUGGCUAAGAGCAAGGCCAAGGUACUGCGGCUGGGACACCCUGCCCGCCUGCUGGAGUCAGUCCAGAGGCAUUCACUGGAUGCGGUGCUGGCACAGAGUGACAACACCAACAUCAUCGCAGAUGUGCGUAAAGACAUGGACAAAGCCUUGGGUCAGAUAAAGAAAGCACAUGAUAAAGGACAAAGAAGUAGCCUGAGGCGAGAGAUAGGUGAGCUGCGAAAAGAACUGAGAUCCAGGGAACAGAUGGCCAUCACAGAAAUCCUGAAAAGGGCUAGUGUCAUUCUGGCAACCAACACAGGUGCCAGUGACGACGGUCCACUUAAGUAUUUGCCCAGUGAGCAUUUUGACCUGGUGGUUGUAGAUGAAUGUGGUCAGGCUCUGGAAGUCAGCUGUUGGAUUGCACUGCUCAAAGCACGCAAGUGCAUUCUGGCUGGCGACUACAAACAGCUGCCACCCACAGUCAAAUCCCAGAACGCUGCUGCUAAAGGUCUGUCUGUGAGUCUAAUGGAGCGGCUGAUUCAGAAGUAUGGAGAUUCAGUAGUCCGAAUGCUGACCACGCAGUACCGCAUGAACAGCACCAUUAUGCAGUGGGCCUCAGAGCAGAUGUAUCAAGGAAAGCUGACUGCACAUCCCUCAGUGGAGAAGCAUUUGUUGAAAGAUCUGGCAGGAGUGGCUGAGCUUGAGGAGACCAACAUGCCUCUGCUCCUCAUUGACACAGCUGGGUGUGGUCUAAAUGAAAUGGAGGACACAGAUGAGCAGUCUAAAGGCAAUCAAGGUGAAGUUGACAUUGUGGCACUUCAUGUGAAAACCCUGACUGAUGCUGGGGUGCAGGCCAAAGACAUAGCAGUUAUUGCACCUUAUAACCUACAGGUAGACCUCUUGAGACAGAAGCUCUCUAAUGAGCACCCUGAGCUGGAGAUCAAAUCCGUGGAUGGUUUUCAGGGCAGGGAGAAGGAGGUGGUACUGCUCUCCCUGGUUAGAUCAAACAGAAAAGGUGAGGUCGGGUUCCUUGCAGAGGAUAGGAGAACCAAUGUGGCAGUAACCCGUGCCAGGCGUCAGCUUGUAGUGGUGUGUGAUUCUCAGACAGUGAGAAACCAUCACUUCCUCAGAUCCCUGGUGGACUACAUGACUCAACACGGGGAGGUUCGCUCAGCCUUUGAGUACCUGGAGGACUUGGUACCCAACAACUACAGCCGUGACAAUUCCAAGAAUGAGCAGGCUAAUGUCAAAGAGUCUUUGUCCACCAAACCAAAGGCAAGAAACCAGCAAGGCAAGAAAGGAGAAUCCAAGACCAAAAAAGGCUUGGCGAGCAAAGAUAAAGGUGAUGGCCUGUUCAAAGCACCAUCUACUACCAUUCAUGAUGGCAAUAGCACAUCAGACCAUCUGAAAACCAAAACGGAUGACUCACCUGAGUCUCAGAUUAGAAAGGAAGAGAUAAGGCAGCAGUUGAUCAUCUUUCUGAAGGACCAGAACAAAGCAGAGCUUCAGUUUCCUCCCUCUUUGAACUCUCACGAACGCCUGCUAGUCCACCAGCUCUCGGAAGAGCUGGGAUUGAGUCAUGUGAGUCAGGGUAUAGGCAAACAGCGCCAAAUUACUGUUUCCAGACCAGAGACAAAGCCAUUCAGACCAUCUGAGGAACUGGCAGAGCAAGCAGAGUCAACAAGACCAGAAAGCCAGACCGCAGGUGGCAUGCAGAAGAAGGAACCCAGUAGACAACCUCCAAAUGCUGCUCUGGAUUUGAAAAGCUUGCAUCUGGAGCAUAUGCGCCGGGAGGAGGAAAAACGUGAAUUAAAAAACCUGAACAAAAGGCAGCCGACAGAUCUGAAAGAAAGUAAAAGAGAAUCCACAAAAAAGAACAAGGUGUCUACUAAGGGAAAGGGGAAAGUGAAAGCAGGGGCCGUGGACAUAGCCGUAGCCGCUACGGCUGAAGAUGAUUUUGAUGCGCUCAUUGACGCUGUGGUGAAAGCAGACAGUGUGUGCGCCUAUGUGAAGUGUAAAAACAGUGUGCUUACACUGGGACAGCUGUGUCUCUACUGUAACAGGCAGUACUGUCUGAGUCACCACAUCCCUGAGGUGCAUGGCUGCGGUGACAAAGCAAAGGUCCAGGCUCGCAUGAGAAUAAGCAAAGAGGGGGUGCUGUAUGCUGGGAGUGGAGAGAAGGAUAAGGCCAUGGAGCCACACAAAAAAGCCCAUCUGCACCGGAAACUAGAUGCAAAACUCAAGGACAUGGCAUCUCAAAGAAAGACCAAAUCAAAAGAUAAAGAGCACUGAUUGUAUAAAGCUUUAUUUAUUCUGAUUGAAACCAAUAAAUUAAUGACAUGAUGUAUGGCUUAUAUAUAUACUUUUUUCUUUUUUUUGUGGUGAUGUUUUAAUUGAUUAAAAUGGCGAUGUUUUAAUUUAUUAAAAGUUGCAUUUGAGUGCCAGUUAGUCACAAUAUAAAGGCAAUGGCCAGUCUGACAUUGUACACAUAAGGUUUAAAUACAUUUACAGCAUUUAGCUGACACUUUUAUCCAAAACAACUUACAGUUGUGAAUUAAUAGAU